AUGGGUACCGAGGUAAUCCCACAUACUACAACUCCUUGUUUUAUCAAGAAGAUCAUUUUAGACUACAUCUUUGAACAGCAAACUCUUGUGGUAGUAGUUGGGACACUAUCUACUCAAUCUGGCCACAUAAGGCAGCAGUUCAAACGUCCUUUGAACCAGCCUCCUCUUCCUCCAUCAUCACAUUCCAAAAGAAUGUACCGUUAUAAUGAACCUAUGUAUACUAAGUAUGGUCAUCAGAUGAAAGCUAGGACAUGUAUGGAAGAGCAAGAGAAUAUUAUACCAAUAUAUAGGUCGGAGGUGGUACCUAAUACAUUGAAUCCUCAAUGGUUAUCCAUCCAUCUAUCUAUGGAUCAAUUAUGUGGAGGAGAUGAGGAUAGAGAUAUAAUACUACAGAUGAGGGUCUAUUCAUAUCUAACACAACUACGACAACGACACGGAGGUGGAAAGCUAACAUACAAUAGCCAGUUGCAGAAACCAGUAGCAGGCACGGAGGGAUACAUCAUAAUAGAGGAGGUCAUCAUACAGCGAAGAUGGUCAUUCCUUGAAUAUGUAUUGGGUGGAUUGGAGAUGUCAUUAAUAGUGGGCAUCGAUUUCACUACAUCUAAUGGUGAUCCGAGGUAUGACAAUUCCCUACAUUAUCAUUCUAAUGAAGUCAUCAAUGACUAUAUUAUGGCAAUAAGAAGUGUUGGAGGGAUACUCGAAGCCUAUAAUAAUGAUAACAAAUACCCAGUAUAUGGCUUUGGUGCUAGACUACCACCAACAUAUACUCUAUCUAGUAACUGUUUUAGUUUGAAGGGUAACUUCUUCGAUCCAGAGGUAUAUGGCAUUGAUGGAAUUAUCGAGGCAUACAGGAAGGCUCUCCAGGUUACCUCUCUACAUGGCCCUACUAACCUAAGUGAGGUCAUAAAAACAUGCAGACAGUGGUCAUUAUCAUCAUCAGAGUGUAAUGUUAAUAGCAACGGGGAGAGGAUCUCUGGUGGUGAUAGUAGACAACAACAGCAGCAGCAGAAGUAUUUCAUACUCCUCCUUAUUACUGAUGGGCUCAUUGAUGAUGUACAGGAGACCAUAGAUGAGAUAGUUGAGGCUAGUAAGGAGACUAUCCCAAUGUCUAUUAUUAUAGUUGGUCUUGGCGAUGGUGUUGACUUCAGCCAGAUGGAUUUGUUAGACUCUAGAGGGUCUACAACUCUUGUGUCGAGUAAAGAUGGUUCCUCACCAGACCGUGACAUAGUCCGUUUUGUCCCUUACCGAGAAUUCAAAGGUAUGAAGGUAUGA